AUGUCUGCCAUUGCCAAUGGAGUAAAAGAAUUUGUAAAGAAAGCUAUUGCUGAUAAUAAAGUGACAAUUUUCAGUAAAACUUAUUGUGGCUAUUCUAUUCGAGCCAAGGACUUGUUUGACGAUAUCAAUGUAGGCUACAAGGCGAUAGAAUUAAAUGAACGUCCUGAUGGUGUGGAUAUUCAAGAAUGUUUGAAAGAGUUAACCAAACAGAGCACUGUACCCAACGUCUUUAUUAAUCAACAACACGUUGGUGGUUACAGCGACCUUGAAUCUGCUUAUACAUCUGGAAAACUAAAGAAGCUGCUACAAGAAGCAGGCAUUGAUACUAAGAACUUGUAA